AUGUUGCGAUUUUCGGUUUUCUUAAGCGCCAUAUGCGCCAUUGCUCUCGUACAGACAGGCAAGGCAUCGCUCAGUGUCUUUGAACCAGACAAUUUCAACGUGAACGCCGCGCUUUAUAAUCUGGGGGUGGAUGUCUCUACGAUUCCUGCCCUGGGUUCACUGCAGUCUCUGUCAACCGAGUCUCAGUCCGCCUGUCGCGCUGCAUGCGGUGCCCUGAGCUUUCUGUACGGCCCAAGUAGAGCAUUCGCGCAGAAUACCACCGCGUACUCUAAUGCCACAGGAUCGUACUGGUCGGUCCAGCAGGAAGAAGUUCGUCCUUACUGCAUCUUUAAGCCAUCGGUAAACACUGAUGUUUCUAUCCUUGUCCUUCUCGCAAGGUAUACCGGCUGUCCUUUUGCCAUCAAGAGCGGUGGCCAUGGUGCCUUUGCGGGUGCAUCGAGUAUACGGGGAGGGAUUACUGUCUUGCUGAAAGAUAUGAACGCCAUCACUCUAAAUGACAAUAGGUCUGUUGUGUCAGUCGGUCCCGGCAAUGUCUGGGUCCAGGUAUACUCGGCCUUAGAGCCCUAUGGCCUUGCUGCCAUCGGCGGCCGGGUUUCCACGAUCGGUGUUGGAGGGCUUACGACCGGAGGUGGGAUCUCGUACUACUCCAAUCUUUAUGGUUGGGCUUGCGAUAACGUCGAGAGCUUCGAGGUCGUUACUGCGAGCGGUGCCAUCGUCAUAGCUAGUGCAGACUCUUAUCCUGACCUCUACUGGGCUCUCCGGGGCGGUGGGAAUAACUUCGGGAUCGUCACCAAGUUCAACCUCUAUACCAUUCCGAGCCCUGAAAUGCGAGGCGGAACCCGAGUCUUUGCUGAAGAUCAGUUCAGCAAGGUGAUCAGCGCCUUCGUCAGCGUGGUGAACGGCGCCUCCGAUGACGGCAACGCGCAGCACUGGGUCGCGUUCGUCCAUACCCAGGGACAGAACGUCGCUGCGGCCGAGAUCACAUAUGUCAAGAACGUCAGCGAGCCGGCCAUUUUCGCUCCCUACCGUGCUAUUCCCGCAAUCCAGGAUACCACAGCGGUCAGGACUUUGGUGGAGUAUUGUGACGUCGUUCAGGAGGUCAAUCCCGACGGCCUGCGGGAGAUGUACUGGACGUUAACCGUUCACUUGGACGAGGACUUUGCGAACUGGGUUACCGAGUACUUUUACUCCGUUCUUCCGCAGGUUUUGGGCAUUCAGGGUAUUAAUCCUUCCCUCGUCAACCAGGGCAUUACCAUCCCCAUGCUUAAGAACAUGACGCGGAAUGGAGGUAACGCACUGGGUCUGGACGCCUCAGAGGGUCCAUUUCAUCUACUGCUGAUGUCGACCUGGUGGGAGAAUGCUGAUGACGACGAGAAGAUAGUUGCAUGGGCUAAGGAUUUCUGGGAUACAGUCACCGCCAAAGCGAAAAAGGAUGGCGUGUUCCGUGACUAUGUCUACAUGAACUACGCGAGUCAGUAUCAGGAUGUCAUUGCGGGUUACGGGACUACAAACAAGGCCAAGCUGCAGAGCAUUGCUGCCAAGUAUGAUCCCAAGGGGAUCUAUCAGACGUUGCAGCCGGGGUAUUUCAAGCUGGAUGGCGCACCUGCCUCGGAUUCACUUUGA